CCAUCGCUCCUCGCUAAUCCCUUUCUAAACCCACCUCUAGCUAACCAGAUGCUUCUCCCACUUACAGAUGCCCAUCAAAGGAGCAAGGAACAAGCAAUAACUAACUUAUCUACCAUCAAAUUGGGGCUCUCCACCCUGCCGGGGGGCGGAAGAUCAAGGCGAACCCGCGCACUAAAAGGACCGGUCUGAGGAUGAAGAAUCUCCUCUUUGUCCUGUUCUUGGCUUGCGGGCUGCUGCCGGCUCGCAGCAGCGUGCUGGAGCUGGAGCGGAUGAUCAGGGCGGCCACGGGGAGAAGCGCGCUGCUCUCCUACAGCUGGUACGGGUGCUUCUGCGGCAUCGGGGGCAGAGGGACCCCGGUGGACUCCACCGACCGGUGCUGCCAUGCCCACGACUGCUGCUACAGGAAGCUGAGAGAGGGCACGUGCACCCCCCUGAUAACCCCCUAUCGAUUCGAUAUUGCUGAUGGAGACAUCAUCUGCAGCGAUGAGCAGAGCUGGUGCAAGAGGGAGACCUGCCUGUGCGACAAGGCGGUGGCUUCGUGCUUCGCGAGCGCUUUGCAUUCCUACAAUAGAUCCUACCUCUUCUACUUCAAGCUGAAAUGCCAAGGAAGCAAACUCCAGUGCUGAGCAGGGGCAGUCUGCAAGCGAGGCUGCAGGGUCUGACUGGCUUUCUCCAUUGCUAUGGCAAGAAAAGCCUGACGGGGGACUGAACACAGCCGGAGCCCGCGCGGUGAUGCUGAGGGAGAGGAAGGGAACUCACA